AUUCCCUAUUCCAACAUGGAACGUCUCCUGGUGAUUUCCGCUCUCUUCCUCUCCCUCACGAAUCUUACUCUCUCCGACUUUGUGGUGCCGGGAAUAAGGAACAUUCAGAAAAGAAGCCCCCAGGAUCCGUCGGAUGACAUAGAGAUCUACAGUGUCAAUAUCCAGAGUCAAAUCACUUCUCGCUUCGCCCACAAUGUCAUCACCAGCAGAGCCGUCAAUCGGGCCGACAGCUCCCGGGAGGUCUCCUUUGAUGUGGAUCUGCCCAAAACUGCCUUUAUCACCAACUUCACCAUGGUCAUCGAUGGAGUCACUUACCCCGGGGUGAUUAAGGAGAAGGAAGCAGCAAAGAAACAGUAUGAGAAAGCCGUGUCCCGGGGGCAGUCAGCUGGGCUUGUCAGGGCCUCGGGGAGGAAGACGGAGAAGUUUACGGUGUCGGUGAAUGUGGCGUCACAGAGUAAAGUCACCUUUGAGUUGAUCUACGAGGAGCUGCUGAAGCGAAGUCUGGGCAAAUACGAGAUGUUCAUCAAAGUGAGGCCAAAGAAACUCGUCCAAAGCUUCAAGAUUGAAGUGAAUAUUAAUGAGCCCCAAGGAAUCAGCUUUCUGGAAGCCCAAGGGACCUUCAUGACCAAUGACCUGUUGCCCCUGAUCCACAAGUCGUUCUCUGGAGAGAAGGGUCACGUCUCCUUCAAACCCACCUUUGACCAACAACGUUCCUGUUCCAACUGCAGCACAACCCAACUUGAUGGGGAUUUCACCGUCACCUACGAUGUCAAUAGAGAGACCCCCGGAAAUAUCCAGGUUGUCAAUGGAUACUUUGUGCAUUUCUUUGCACCAUCAAAACUGAAAGGGGUUCCAAAAAAUGUUGUGUUUAUCAUCGACAGGAGUGGUUCCAUGUAUGGCGUCAAACUGAAGCAGACCAAGGAGGCCCUACUGAAGAUCCUGGGGGACAUGAAGGAACACGACCACUUCAACUUCAUUCUCUUUGACUCCAGAGUAGACGUUUGGAAAGAGUCACUAGUGAAGGCCACGCCAGACAAUCUGAAGCAGGCGAAAGAGUUUGUUUCAAGAAUUAAGGAUGAUGGAAUGACAAACAUUAACGAUGCUGUACUGAGAGCUGUGCCCCUAUUGGAUAAUGCCCAUGAAUCAGGGGCCGUCCCUCGACGAAGUGUUUCACUGAUUAUCCUACUGACAGAUGGUGAAGCUAACGUAGGUGAAAGCAACCCGACCAAGAUCCAAGAAAAUGCCAGGAAUGCUAUCAAGGGCAAAUACUCCCUAUACUCUUUGGGUUUUGGAACUGGGGUUGAUUAUACUUUCCUGGAGAAGUUGGCCUUGGAGAAUUCAGGGGUGGCCCGGCGCAUUUAUGAGGACUCGGAUGCAGCGCUCCAGCUGGAGGGAUUCUAUGAUGAAGUGGCCAACCCCACCCUGAUGGACAUCGAGCUCCAGUACCCCGAAAACUCCAUUUCUGAUGUGACGAAAAACAAGUUCAAACAUUACUUUGAUGGAAGUGAAAUUGUGGUGGCCGGACGUAUCACGGACAAUGACCUGAACUGGCUCACGGCCGAUGUGACUGCUGAAGGGGAGACGGACACUCUGAAAUACUCCGAAAAUAUAAAGGUGCAGGAAGAACCCGACGCAGAGAAACAACAGCAAUAUAUCUUUGGUGACUUUACCGAGAGACUCUGGGCCUAUCUCACUAUUCAGCAACUGCUAGAGAAACGCAUUUCCGCUCCAGCGAGUGAAAAGGAGAACCUGACGGCACAGGCCCUGGAAAUGUCGCUCAAGUAUCAGUUUGUCACCCCCCUGACAUCCAUGGUGGUCACUAAACCCGAGGAAAAGGCAGGAGAAGAGGAAGCCAUGAUUGCUGAUAAGUUUGUGGAAGGUCAGAGUUACUCAGCGCCGACCCACACUGCUUUCAGAAGCCAAGGUCAGAGUUACUCAGCGCCGACCCAUACUGCUUUCGGAAGCCAAGCGUAUCUAUACCAGGCUCCCCCCAAUGUGUACUCAGUGGACUCGGACCCCCAUUUUAUCAUCCAGGUCCCUGAGAAGAAAGACGCCCUUUGCUUUAAUAUCCAAGAGACUCCUGGGGUGGUGCUGAACAUUGUGUCCGACCCAGAAUUAGGAAUCGCUGUGAAUGGAGAACUGAUUGGGAACAAGAAGUCCGGGAAUGUGACGUCCAAUGAAACGUAUUUUGGGAAAAUGGGAAUUGUCAGUACGAAGCUGGAUCUAAGGAUUGAGGUGACGACGGAGGGGGUCACUGUAGUUAUUGGGGCAAAGAAAAUGGCGCUGAGCUGGCAGCAAGAUGUGACAGUCACUGAGGAGGGCUUUUCUCUGCUCUUGAAUAAGAAGAAGAACCUGCUGCUCUCCAUGGGGGACGGCGCCAGAUUCAUCAUUCUGCUCCAUAAAGUCUGGAGGAAUCACCCCCUGCACAGAGACUUCUUGGGCUUCUACACGCUGGACAGUCAGAAAUUCUCUGAGCGAGUGCACGGCCUGCUGGGCCAAUUUUACCACGGAGUCGACUAUGACAUUUCCAACAUUCACAAAACUGAUAAUCCAGAAAAACCCGAUGCCACAAUGAGGGUGAAACAUUCACUGAUCACUGUGACCCGGGGGUCACAGAAGGAUUACAGGAAGGACCUGCAGAGCGGCAGUAAAGUGCAGUGCUGGUUCGUCCAUAACAACGGGGAGGGGCUGAUCGACGGGGUCCACACGGAUUAUAUUGUCCCCGAUUUAUUCAGUGGGGUCUAUAAAGUAUAACACACACAUAUAUAACAUUAGGUGUCCUCCAUAUUGAUAGAGUAUAAAGUGUCUACUUUGUGAAACACAAUUCUAUAUUAAAUACGUAUGUACAAUAUGCAGAGAAGUCCUAUAAAUCUGCUUCACUAACUCUACAGUGUAACACAGGAUUUAGGAGACAUCUUCUACUUAUAACCAAAUAAAUGUUUAUUGUGAGGACAAAUAAAAGGAAUGUGAAUUCUGAA